UCAUAUAAGAGGGAUCAAAUUGCUAAGCAAGAAGGAACCUCGCCUGUCACUGAAGACAGAAUUCUGCAUACUAUUUAACUUAAGUGUUUUUGUGCGACGAAAAUGCGCGGUGUUACGGAAAGAACGCCUCUAAGAAGAUCUACGGAUUCGAUCGAUUACAUUGAGUUCGCCAGCCUCUUAAGAACUCGAAGAACGCGACUGCGACAAUUUCAAUGCUGCGUCUGCGGUAUCUUGAUAGUGGUUUUUACCAUGGCUUUAGUGGUAUCCGUCAGCUACUCUAUGAGCCAAACCAACUCCACUAAUCCUGGGAACGACAAUGCAACAUCUUCUGACAGUUUAUCUUCUGAUAAUGCCUUGAGAUUAGGACUGGCACUUGAGUCUAUUUCGCACGCAGCCUUCAGCAGCACCGCUAGUGCUACAGCUGAGCCCAAUUCUAUCUUAAUAUCUAAAGAGAAUAUCAAUACCUCAAGAAAACAUCUCAGCCAACUGGAAUACACCCAGGGAUUACGAGCUGGCGAACAGGCGAUAAAAGAUCGUCUAUCUGCGGAUAUAAUCGCUGCGAAGUCACCGUUGCUACCUUCAUCUCCUGAAUCCAGACAUCGCCACGCAGUGAGCACGUGUUCCAACGUUAGCGCUCUUGCUUUAGCAGCAGUGGGCGAAAUUGCGGCGACGAAAAUGAUCGAGAAAAUUAGAUCCACUCAUGACGGACCAUCGGCGAUCGAUACUGUCUUCGACAGCGGCUGGUUACCGAAAAAUGUAUGCAAACGAUACUUCGACCGCACUUGUAAAACCGGCAAAUAUCGAACUAUUGAUGGCAGCUGCAAUCGGCCGAGAAACUGGGGCGCCAGCAUGACGCCGUUUCGAAGAGCCCUGCCACCCGAUUACGCCGACGGAAUCGAAUCGCCUCGAAAGGCACGAUCCGGAAAGGAAUUGCCUUCCGCUAGGGAAGUUAGUCUAAAAGUACACAAACCUUCGCCCAGCAGUAAUCCGUCCUUCACGGUGAUGCUGGCAGUAUUCGGCCAGUUCCUAGAUCAUGACAUUACCGCGACCGCGCUCAGUCAGGGCGUCAAUGGAAGUUCUAUAUCAUGCUGUUCGCCAUUAGGAAGACAACAUCCAGAGUGUUUUCCUGUGCAAGUGGCAACCGGUGAUCCUGUGUAUGACCUGACUGGCAAAACCUGCAUGGACUUUGUGAGAUCGGCGCCGGCUCCGCAGUGCAAACUUGGUCCUAGAGAACAGCUCAAUCAAGUCAGCGCCUUCAUUGAUGGCUCGGCUAUUUAUGGUUCCGAUAACAAGACUGCUUACAAUCUGCGCGAAUUCAUCGGUGGUCGUUUGAGGAUGCAGUACACUUCCGACAAUAGGACUCUGCUGCCGCCGAGCACGAAUCUCAAUGAUGGUUGCAAUCGAGAAGCCGAGCGACGUCAUGGCCGAUAUUGCUUUGCCGCGGGCGAUGCCAGGGCGAACGAGAAUUUGCACCUGACCACGAUGCACCUUCUUUGGGCGCGACAGCAUAACAGAAUCGCAAAUGAAUUGGCUAGGAUCAAUCCCGCUUGGAACGACGAGACGCUCUAUCAGGAAACACGACGAAUUGUCGGAGCUCAGUUGCAGCACAUUACUUAUCGCGAAUUUCUGCCCAUUAUCGUAGGCGACAAAAGAAUGAAUGAGCAGGACUUAAAGCCCCUUAUGUCGGGCUACAAGAAGCGGAUGCACGGUCCGGACGAAUUAGAGAACGAUCCAACAAUCGCCAAUCACUUUGCAACUGCGGUUUUUCGUUUCGCUCACACUUUGCUACCAGGAUUGAUGAGAAUGACGGACGCUGAAAAGGACACACCAUCCUACAUAGAGCUACACAAAAUGCUGUUUAAUCCCUAUAGUCUUUACGCCGAGGAUGGCAUCAAACGUUCAGUUAGCUCGGCCACAACCAACGUUAUUCAGAGGUACUCUACGCACGUAACUUCGCAGCUGACCAAUCACCUCUUUGAGGAUCCCAUGGCUAAUUCUACGGUAUCAUGCGGCCUUGAUUUGGUGUCAUUGAAUAUUCAACGGGGACGGGAUCAUGGAUUACCAGGAUACACUGUAUGGCGGGAAUAUUGUGGUCUGGGAAAGAUGAAAACUUUUGAUGACCUCGAAGACUACUUAGAUCAUCAAGUUCUAAAACAGAUAUCGGAUCUCUAUGAGACCGUGGAUGAUGUGGAUUUGUAUACCGGCGCUUUAGCGGAAAUACCAGAAUCAGACAGUUUAAUCGGACCCACGUUUAGGUGCUUGAUUCUUAAUCAGUUUGUACGUUUGCAAAAGGGAGAUCGUUUCUGGUACGAAUUUGUCGAACAGCCAUAUCCUUUCACAGAAGAUCAACUCAUGGAGAUUCGCAAGAGUUCGAUGGCGAAAUUAAUAUGUGAUUGUUCUGACGGAAUCACGCAGACUCAGAUACAAGUUAUGCGUUCUGCUGGCACUGAUAAUUCUAUGGUAUCAUGCAAAGAUAUACCAGGACCUUCCUUUACACCAUGGAAAGAAAAUUAUAAUUUAACAUCAUCGUAGCGCUUGAGUUAAUUAAUUUUCACAG